AUGUUCAUGGGUUCGCCUUUGCAUUUUGCGCGCCAUGAUGUGACGGACCCUUUGUUCUAUGUGGAUGAGUAUGGGGCUGACUGCCACGGUGGUACUCUCAGGGUUUGUUUUGGAGAAGACAGUGCCAUUGCAGGUAUGACUUCUGAUGCCCAAAUUUGCGACUAUAGACGCCAAAUAUAUACUUUCACGAUGCCGUCGUUUUCUAAAUUAAGAUUGAUGCCUAAAUUAGCUCCUGGUGUCCUCCCGCCUGAGGUCAUAUCGCGUAUCAUGAUGUAUUACAUGGAUACAGCACCUUGGAAGACGACCAAUGCCAUCAACAGCGCAGAAGAGCGCGUGCUGAUUAUCCGUACAACCAUCUACCUUCAACGCUUACGUCUGGUCGCUUGGGUCUGGGCACAAGUUAUACCUUAUUUUCUCUUCGAUGCCGUACGGCUACAGACACACGGCAUGGCUCAUCGUCUCUUGGAACGUUGGCAAGGGUCAAUCCUCAGCUCCCAACACUCGCCCUUGCGUUGUCUGUCAAUGGAGCACUUAUGGGGUUACACACCAGCAGAACCCGAAAUUCACAUUCCAGAUAGCGUCAUGAAACAAUGUGCUAUGAGCAUUCCAAUGUACACCGGUGCAAAGGUGAUCCAUACUUUCGGUAUCAACAUCACUAGCUUGACUUUGGUGUUUGGCAACUGCAUGAUGGUAUCACCAGACAUGAUAGAAGCCGUGAAAUACAUCAAGUGUCUCGGCAAACUCACCCUGAUCAGACGAUACGACUGGCCUAGAAGAUUAAGCACAGACUCGGAGUCCAUUGCGCAACUCCUCUGUGUCACUCCAACCUUGGAAUCACUCUCUGUGUCGCUACCGUACUUAGACCCUCAUUUCUUGCACAAUGGUAGUUUGCCAUGCUUAAGGCACUUCUGGUUUAAAUACUAUGAAAGCAGUCGACAGGCUCUCUCCCAAAUCACGCGUGCGACGACCAGAACACUCAACACAAUCGAAUAUAACUCUGUGGAUCCGGCAAACGACCGCCCCGCUGGCAUUCUCUGGGAAUCACAAUUCAACCUAGAAUGCCUGUGUAUUGACAACAUUCCGACAAACUUACCUCCCGCCACAUCCUUCAGCAUAUUCCCCAAGCUUCGAUGUUUGAGAACCACGACGUGGCCUUCGACAGACUUCCACUUGGGUUGGCUACAGCGUGGUUUCUUUCGUUCCCUGAGAACGUUGGUUACUAAGUACACAGAUGGACAAGUAUAUUGGCGUCAUGCAUUGUGUUUACUACCAGACGGACACUUUCAAAAACCAGUCCACUUCAAGCACAUCGUGUUCACGAACGUAAGAGGUGCAAGUCUUGUUGAUGACGAAGCUCAAGUUUGA